CUAGGCCGAGAGCUCCUGGCCCAGGUGCCCGCCCAGGUCGUGAGGGCGGGGCCACAGUCCAGGUGUGCAGCGGCGGAGCUUCGCGGAGAAAGGAAGUGUGUCCCCAGCGGCGGCCCGUGGAGCGCUCCCGCGAGACGCGCACCUGCGCUCCAGGUGCCUGGCUGCAGCAAACCAUGCAGUGAGCCAUGCCCCGGCCAGGACAGCCUCGCCCAUCAUCUGGGCCAGCUCGCUUAGGACCCUGGGACCAACCAACAGAACUAUGCCUGGAGACCUACAGUGAUCCACCCCAGCCUCCACCAGGCCGACGUACCCGUAGGCCAGACCCCAAGGACCCUGGCCACCAUGGGCCAGAAAGUAUUACCUUCAUAUCUGGCUCUGCCGAGCCAGCCACUGAGCCCCCUACUUGCUGCCUGCUCUGGCGGCCCUGGGGGUGGGACUGGUGCCGGGCUGCCUUCUGCUUCCGCCGCUGCUGGGACUGUCUCCAGCGCUGUGGGACCUGUGUGCGGGGCGGAAGGUCCUGCCUGUCUGCUGAGGACUCCGUUGAGGGGGCUGGCGAAGCUAACUGGGCUAAGGAGCACAAUGGGGUACCCCCUAGCCCUGACCGUGUACCCCCCAGGGAUAGCCAGCGGCUCAAGUCUACCAUAGGAAGCAGCUUUAGCUACCCUGACGUCAAGCUCAAAGGCAUCCCUGUAUAUCCCUACCGCAGCACCACCUCCCCAAAUCUUGAUGCGGACUCCUGCUAUAAGGAGCCACUGGCUGAGCCCCCUCCCAUGCGCCACAGCCUACCUAGCACCCUUCCCAGCAGUCCCCGUGGCUCUGAGGAGUACUACUCUUUCCACGAGUCAGACCUGGACCUGCCCGAGAUAGGCAGUGGCUCCAUGUCAAGCCGGGAGAUUGACGUGCUCAUUUUCAAGAAGCUGACCGAGCUGUUCAGCGUCCACCAGAUCGACGAGCUAGCCAAGUGCACAUCAGACACUGUGUUCCUGGAGAAGACCAGUAAGAUCUCGGACCUGAUCAAUAGCAUCACGCAGGACUACCACCUGGACGAGCAAGAUGCUGAGGGCCGCCUGGUACGAGGCAUCAUUCGCAUCAGUACCCGAAAGAGCCGCACUCGUCCACAGACCUCAGAGGGGCGCUCAGCCCGAGCUGCUGCCCCCACUGCUGCUCCUCCAGACAGUGGCCAUGAGACCAUGGUGGGCUCAGGCCUCAGCCAAGACGAACUGACAGUGCAGAUCUCCCAGGAGACAACAGCGGAUGCCAUCGCCAGGAAGCUGAGGCCAUAUGGAGCCCCAGGGUACCCAGCCAGCCACGACUCAUCUUUCCAGGGCACCGACACGGACUCAUCAGGGGCACCCCUACUCCAGGUGUACUGCUAACUCCCUGCUGGGCCCAGCAGCCCCAACCCUCUUGGGAGAAGCAUGGCCUACAGACUAGAGACGAGGAUCCCUUUGGGGAAGGCCGGACCCUAAGCAGUGCUCACCCUGCAAUUCCUGCCUUGGCUGACUGGUUCCUGGACCACAUGCAUUUCACAGGGUCACUGUGCCUACAUCCCCUGCAUCCCCAGCUGGCUUGACUCUUGCCUGAGCCUGUUCCUUCCUGUGGCCUGAUCAUGGAAAGGACUUGAGAAAUUACCUUCUGGGAUUGAAUCCUGGCUCCAUCCCUAUGUGUUACCCUAGACACAAAACUUUAAAAGAAGCUUAAGUGGACUGGGUUGAGGAUGGGCAGGGCCUCUGUUGGUGUUCUGUGCCUAGUACCCACUUGACAUUAUGUUCUGUUGAAGUUUGUUGUUUCUUGACUGAUGUACAUGUUAGCACAAUAGUGUUUGCAAGUUUCAAGAUAACAGAUGCCCACCUGGUCAUGUGGGCUACAGCACAGUCUUUUCUAUCCCAUCUGCCGUGCUUAACUAUAGCCCAGAGCUGGAGGCAGGACCGAGGCAACCAGUGUGGCUCAGUGUUGCAGAUGAAGUGGGAGCAAUGUUGUCUAUCGCAGGUUCACUAUGAGUUCCUGGAGAUAAAGGGCCAAGGGCCUAUACCUGA